GGGCAUCGUAUGUCCCCGGCAUUCAUGCCUUUUGACACGUCGGACUAGGAUCUUCCCGGUAUUGCAAUGACAGAGAGACAGAAGACGCCAACGCAGCAGACAUCAGCGAGUGGGAGCCGGAGCCGCAACAAACAGAGCCAGCCGCGUCAUCCACCAGGCGAGGAUGAGCAUGGUCCUCCUGUGGGUUCGUCCCGCCGGAUGGAGUGUGCUGGACCGUCUCAACCGUCCAGCCGGCAAGACCAAGGCACCCCCGUCAUCACAUACAAAAGGAAGGCCCUGGCAACUCGUCCCUCUCCCAGUUGCCAGAGGGCUGAAGGUGGUGCGUCCAGGAAGGCCGCGCUGCGGGAGAUCAGCGAAGGAUCGGACGAGGAAACGGAGGACGAUUCUAGGAUAUGUGUUGGUCGACAUCCACAGGCUAAUCAUGCCGUCGACGAUGACGAAUGUGGUGUCGAUGAGGACGGCGUGGAAGUGGAGAACAGCGAGAGGGAGAGAGAGAGAGAGGAUCGUAAGGAAUAUAUGCACGACUGCGAGGGUGAUGACGAUGGACGGCAAGAGCGGUCGGCUGAUGUGGGGGUCGACGACGCAACAGGAGAGCGGUCGGAGGUCAGUGUCCAGAAAAGGAAGCGACAAUCUUCAACAAGUCCAAUGGCGGCGGCGGAUAAGCGCGCUACGAAGAAACUCAAUGUCGCUGCAUCUCGACAGACGCUCAAAGCUUCUCAAGAGGCGGUCGCUGAAAGUGUGAAGAAACGAAAAGGGUCCGCGUCGACAAGGGCGACAAAAGCGGACAAACAUCCACCGAAAAGAAAGCAGAUGGUGGAUGAGGGUGACUCUGGAGAGGAUGCCGAAGGGGUUCCUCCAAGAGAUGUGUCGGAACAGACACAACCUUCCGCCAACACCCGUGAUGAAGCCAUCGACACAACACGGUGCUUCUUCUUGGAGUUCGAUGAAGAUGGGUUUGCAAAGAAGAAAAGGGAAUACAUUGAAGUGGACGUCACAAAGAUCUUGCCAAUCCCUGAAGGUGACAUCCUCUUCAACCAUAGAACGUUGGACGAAAUGUUGGUGCAGUCCAUAUAUGAUGCGAUCCAUCACGCGGCCAAGGAAACCAAUGGGAAGUGAGAUUUCAUGACUUUCAUCCUGGCUCCCAUUGUGCCCAACAG